AUGACCAUCAUUGAGAAAAUUCUUCAUAACAGCAUUAGUUGCAGCCAGAUUUCACCUCAAAUGAGACACUGGAGAGUGAACAUGCAGAAGAAACAUUAAACAUGCAGUGAAUGUGGGAAAUCCUUCACCAGAUCAUCUCUUAUCCAGUAUCAGAGGAUUCACAUAGGAGAGAAGCCCUAUGUGUGCAGUGAAUGUAGGAAGUCCUUCACUCAGAGAUCAUCUCUUAACUAGCAUCAGAGGAUUCACACAAGAGAGAAGCCUCACACAUGCAAUGAAUGUGAGAAAGCCUUUCAAACUAAAGCAGUCCUUGCCCAGCAUCUGAGAAUUCAUACUGGUAGACCCUAUAAGUGGACAGAAUGUGGAAAAGCCUUUUGUCAGACUCUGUCCCUUACUAAACACCAGUGGGUUCACACUGGAGAGAAACCGUAUAAAUGCACGGAAUGUGGCAAAGCAUUUAACCAAAGCCAUUCUGGAGGUAAACCUUACAAAUGUGAGGAGUGUGGGAAAGCCUUUCAUCAGAGUGCAUGCCUCACACAGCACCAGAGGGUCCAUUCAGGAGAGAAGCCCCUUGCGUGCUCUGCAUGUGGCAAGACCUUCACUCAGCACUCUUCCCAUGUCCAGCACGAGAGAACUCACACUGGAGAGAGACACUAGAGGUGUAGCGAGUGUGUAAAGACUUUCUGCAAGCAAGCAAACCUAAAUGAGCAUUACAGAAUUCAUACUGUAGGGAAGCCUCACAAAUGUGUGCAGUGUGGGAAAUCCUUCAGGUACAGUUCUGUGCUGGCUCGGCAUCAGUAGCUUCAGGCUGGGGAGUAAAACAUGGAAUACAACAAGUGGAAAGAGCUGUAUGAAAAAUGCCUCUUUUCCCCAAGCUCCUUGGAGUUUAAGACUCAGUCUGUAGGUGGGAUGAAUGUUGUGUAUUUUAAACAAGAGGCAUUGUGUUUUAAAAGUUAAAACAGUCCUCAGAACUGGUUACUUGAAUUUAAUUCCUUCUCUGCCACUUAUUGGGUGUUUGACCUUAUACUU